AUAUUGCUAAAGACAUUAGACAUCCCCAACUAUUUUGCUGCUUUCUUUGAGGUGUCUCUGUUCUUGCACUCCGACUUCAAUUUCGCCGAGGAACGCAGACGCAGGCGACUUGAAAAAGUGCUUCGCUGCUUUUUCUUCCUUUCAUUGGAGUUCUAGAAUAUUCCAAUUCUUCUUACUUUAACUCUUUGUGAUCCUUUUUUGUUUUUCUCUGUUCUCUUUCUUCACUCCUGGAACAGCAAGGAAGUGUAGUUUGGUUUUGGUGGAUCAGGUUCCAGAAUACUCCUUUUGGUGAAGAACUGAACAGAGUUUAAGACUCAAUUCAAUUGGUGUUCCUUGGUCACCUUUGAAUCGGAAAUUUGUGAGAACCUGCAAAUGAACGAGCGUUGAAAAAGAAAAGCAUGAGGAAGGUAACGAGAAAGAUCGGGAAGUAUGAGGUCGGUCGAACUAUUGGGGAAGGGACGUUCGCGAAGGUUAAGUUCGCUAUAAACUCCGAGACAGGGGAGAGCGUGGCUAUUAAAGUGAUGGCUAAGACCACCAUUCUCAAGCACAAAAUGGUUGAACAGAUUAAAAGGGAGAUAUCCAUCAUGAAGAUUGUCAGGCAUCCUAAUAUUGUCAGGUUGCAUGAGGUUUUGGCCGGUCAGACAAAGAUCUACAUAAUCCUUGAGUUUGUAAUGGGAGGGGAACUAUAUGAUAAAAUUGUUCAGCAGGGAAAACUUUCUGAAAAUGAAUCCAGACGUUACUUUCAACAACUUGUAGAUGCUGUUGCUCAUUGUCAUAGAAAGGGUGUGUACCAUAGAGACUUGAAGCCUGAAAACCUUCUUCUUGAUGCUUAUGGAAAUUUGAAGGUUUCUGAUUUUGGAUUGAGUGCAUUGACUAAGCAGGGUGUUCGCCUUCUUUACACCACUUGUGGGACCCCAAAUUAUGUUGCUCCUGAGGUGCUCAAUGAUCAAGGAUAUGAUGGUGCCGCAGCUGAUGUUUGGUCAUGUGGAGUCAUCCUAUAUGUUCUAAUGGCUGGAUAUCUUCCUUUUGAAGAGCCAGACCUUCCAACACUUUACAGAAGGAUCAAUGCUGCAGAAUUUGUUUGCCCAUUCUGGUUUUCUGCUGGCGCAAAGACUUUGAUACAUAAAAUUCUGGAUCCUAAUCCUAAAACACGGGUGAAAAUCGAACAAAUAAGGAAAGAUCCAUGGUUCCAGAGAAACUAUUUGCCUGUCAAACUCAGGGAAGAUGAGCAAGUGAAUUUGGAUGAUGUGAAGGCUGUAUUUGAUGAUAUUGAGGACCAGUAUGUUGCUGAACGGUCAGAAAUCACAGAGAGAGGUCCUUUGAUAAUGAAUGCAUUUGAGAUGAUUGCCUUAUCACAAGGGUUGAAUCUUUCACCUCUAUUUGACAGGCAUCAGGAUUAUGUAAAGCGGCAAACUCGAUUUGUUUCCCGUAAACCAGCAAAAGUUAUAAUUUCAUCUAUUGAAGCAGUUGCGGAGUCAAUGAGUCUUAAGGUCCAUUCUCGCAAUUACAAGAUGAGGCUUGAAGGCAUUUCUAUAAAUAAGGUUGGACAAUUUGCAGUAGUCUUGGAGGUGUUUGAAGUUGCACCAUCCCUUUUCAUGGUUGAUGUUCGGAAGGCAGCUGGGGAUACUUUUGACUAUCACAAGUUUUACAAGAAUCUUUGUGCCAAACUAGAAAACAUUAUUUGGAGACCGACAGAGACUAUGUCAAAUUCAAAUCUGCUUCGACAAAUGACUUUAUAACCCAGUUCUUGCGGGUAUGAUGCAAAUAUAAAUAGAAGAGCGCUCAAAGAUUCGGCUGUUUCCCGAGUAUACUGAGAUCAUGUUUGCUUCAACUUCAACUUUAGAGAAAUAAUCACUUAUUUUUAAAAUAUCUCAGGAAACUGAAAGAAAUAAGUAAUUAUUUCUCUACAAUAAGUGGAACCAAAUGUGCACUAAGCACUGGCAUGCUUUUUAGCCAUCAUAUUGCAACAUACACUGUACGGAACGUAUAGGAGAAGGGUGUCGUUGUCAACUUACAAUAUGGCUUGAUAUCCCAGGGAAAGAAGGAAAGAAACCUAUUGCAGUGCAUCCUGUAACGAAUCUACUCCUCAACGGAUUACAAAAUCAAUCAAUUAUUUGGUUCGGGUAUGGUAUGAACUAAGAACCUUUUUUUCCCUCCUUAGUUCUAUCUGUAAGUAGUGUGUUUGGAAGAGCUAUUCAACCUCCCAAACAUGCCUGUUUGAGGCAAAUGCUAAUACAAUAUAAAAUAGGAGUGUUUGGUUGCAAUACAUUAAAAUUAAGUUUGCUGUUAAUAAAAGGAGCUACUUGCUGAGUUAUUAGAAUAGAAAAGUAUUUUUUUGAACAACAUAAAAUUUGCUUGGCUUGGGUGGUCAGUGUUACUAAAAAAUGUUGGGUCAUCUACGAAUCUUGCAAUACCCUACCCCUGUCUGGAGGGUUAAUAGGUCUUAGCAUCUGUAGACUUGCGCUAUAGCCCUUUCAAUUCAUGCCAACAACAAUAAAAUUCUACCGUUAUCAG